AUGGAUUCCGUACAUUCUGGGAUUACCUACGACGAUUCUCGUAUUCGAAAAUUCGAGGAAGAAAAGAGGGGGAUUUUAAUUGACGAGCAGAGCAUCGAGUUGCAGAAGCUGAAUUGGUUCGCCAUGGAGAAAAGAAUCAUGGGUCUCGUCGAAAAAUUGAAUCUUUCCAAUAUUUUGUCCGUAGCUAAAGAAAUCUCGAAAGAGGAUCUAAUUGCAGGGAGAGGGCUGUUCUGCCAGGCUGUAAUGAAAUCCCAGUUGAAAUAUCCAGAAUCGAGCAAUAUUUACGCGGCAUUGGUUGCGGUAAUCAAUUCCGAAUUCCCAGAUUGUGGGCUUUUGCUUGUGAAAAGGGUCGUGUUGCGGUUCAAAUCGGCUCACGAUAGCGGCGACAAGAAAUUAAUCGAGGCGAGUUUGAAAUUCGUGGCGCAUUUAGUGAAUCAGAGAAUUGUUUAUGAACUUCUUGCAUGUGAUGUUUUGUUGCUUCUUUUGGGGAACCCGAAUUCGGAUAACGUCGAACUUGCUGUCGGUUUUUGCACUCAAUGUGGUUUGUUGUUACAGAAUUUUGCCCCGCUUAAACUUCGACAGAUUUUCGGAGAAUUUCUUCAUGUGUUGCGAAAGGGGGAGGUGGGGAAACGAGUGCAAGUUAUGAUCUUGAAGCUUUUUUCGGUUAAGAAAUCGAGGUUUAGGAAUUAUCAGUGUGUGGUUGAUGAGUUGGACGACAUUGUUGAGGUUGACGAACAAGUUACGCAUGAUGUUUCUUUGUUGAUGCACGAGAUUUAUCCGGAGAAUAGUGUGGAUGAAUUCAACCCGAAUCUUGAGUUCGAUUAUGGCCACGAAAUUCGUAGCGAUCGGACGGUGAGGAUUUGGUGUGAAGAUGUUGAGGAUGGUGAUGAGGUGUCUUCUGAUGACGUGGCGAAAUUCGAAGACAAGAUUGGAUAA